AACUCGAGCGAGUGAGUCUAUGUUGGUGAGCAGAACAGGAAGUGUAAAGGAGAGCUAAUUUGUAUGAUGUCAUAUUUAUACAAUUGCAGUUAGAGUAGCAGUUGCGCAAUUAAUGCCAUGUCACUGUCAUUUCCCUGUUAAUUUAGCGAGCAGCGGCAGGGUAAAUGAAAGUGUUAGAAAAGACGAUACCCACGAGUCUCAGUUCAAUUUAAAAAAAAAACUCGCGAGUUUUGAACGACUCGGUCAAUACUCGACCGUCACUCGCGCGCACCUCCUGUUUGAAGAGUCGCUGCUCGUGCACGCCGCGCUAGCUUGUUUGUAGUUCUACUUCAGCCUGCCGAGGCGAAGCUAGCUUGCGGCCUAUACACUUGUUCCUCUCGGCUUUCACUUUUAACAGACAAGACUCGGGGUUUUCAUCCGGUCAUGGCAGAUUUCUCUCUGUCAGACGCUUUGGGAGACAGCACCCCUAGCCAGGCCAAAACACAAGGCAACACCAACCCAUCCGCUCCUGCCAACAAUCCUCCACAUUCUUCCAACCCGGGAUGGCCCGCCUCUGCCCCCGGAGCGCCCACCCAGCCCUCCGCUCCCUCCGGUUACCCGGGUGGAUGUGGUCCGGGCGCUCCGGGUCCCUUCCCGUUCCCGUCCAGCCCUGGAGCCCCAGGCCACUACCCGGGACCUCCCUCGGCACCUGGUGGUUUCCCGUCUGCUCCUGGCGUACCUGGACAAUAUCCCCCAGCGCCUGGGGCUCCAGGGCAGUAUCCUUCUGGUCCUGGAGCACCAGGUCAAUUCCCUGGGGCUUAUCCACCUGAAGGAGCUCCGGGACAGCUUCCCGGAGGCCCCGUUUCUUAUCCAUCUGGACCCUUCCCCUCUGGUCCUGGAGCGCCUCCUGGGCCUUAUCCAAACAUGCCUCUCCCAGGUAACUACCCCCCUGGUGGUAACGGUAUGUACGGACCAGGGGGUCCGGGGGCUUUCCCUCCUCCAGCCGGUCCAGGCUCUUUCCCAGCAUUCCCUGGUGCAGGCUUUCCCCCUAUUCCUCCUGGAUCAUGGGGGUCAGCAGGUGGAGGUUUCCCACCUGCCCCAGGCCCCUUCGGUCCUGGUGUCGGCCCUGCGGGUUCUCCAGGAAACAUGCUGAUGAUGCCGUAUGACCUCCCACUCCAUGCUGGAAUUCUUCCCCGUCUUGUCAUCACAAUUGUUGGGGAGCCUCUUCCUGCCGCUAACCGGUUCCACAUUGACUUCAUCAAAGGACCAGACGUGGUCUUUCACUUAAAUCCUCGAUUUAGCGAGCAGACGAUCGUUAGGAAUUCCAACAUUGGCGGAUGUUGGGGGCCGGAGGAAAGGGGCGGACAUUUCCCAUUUGUUCCUGGUCAACGUUUUGAGCUGAAGAUCCUGGUGGAGGAGGACAUGUUCAAGGUGGCCGUAGACGGCAGCCACCUGCUUGAGUACGAGCACCGCGUGGGCGGCCUGGAGGACGUCACCCUGCUGCGGGUGGUCGGCGACGUCGUCCUCUACAGCGCGUCGCCCAGCAUGAUCUGAUGCGCUCGCAGCACCCAGGACGAACUCAAGCGCUCUUAAAGUAUUUGAAAACCCUCAAACAUGCGAUGCACGCCUUUUGAUGGAAUCCCCAAAUCAGCAGAGAUUGAAUCUUUCACACUUUUUUUUUGUAUACGUUGCAGCAGAUCAUCACACUCGGACACAUUCAUGCGUCCCAAACAUUUCAUCAUCUCAUCACAUCAAAGUAGAAUAGAAGACCAUGUCCUCCUCAGCACUUCGUAUCCACGGUCUACAGCGUUGGAGCUUAAGGAGGUUCUACAUGCACAUGCAAAAAUAAGAAUUCAAGUGAAAUAGGCUGAGAUGGGGAAGAAGAGGAAGACGCAGGAUGGUCCAACAGAGUCACCUUGAAGCUCCAUUGAUCCACUGAACGAUGGUAGUGGUGGAAAACAUCUCAGAUGGGAUCUUCUUGUCAUGCCAGUAACAUCGGAUGGACCGUCUAGGGAGAAGAACACUUUCUUCCACUUUUAAAUGUCCAAACUUUGGAGGAGACCAGGCCUUUUGAAGAUGUUUCUUCUCUAGCGGGUGACAUCUGACGGUCAUGGGGCCGCACUCUGCACCAGUAUCAAGUUUCAUUUGGGUUCAGGAUGGUCCCGGGUCUUGACGGACAGCCAAUGGGAUCCCCCCGGCUCAUUUCUGGACUUUUUAGUUCCAUGAGCCUCAGGAUGUUUGUGAGAGGUUGGAAGCUCCAAGCUGAGCAGCGAUGCCUUGCUUAACAAUCUCACCUUGUUCAGCCUAUUUCACCUGAAUGCUUCUUUUUAAUUCAUCUUUUCUGCAUUUUCAAUCUCUUCUUAGAACCUCCUUUAGAUCCAACAAAAUGUCCAUUUUGGACUGUAUUAGGAUAUGUCAUACUGCUGUCAGACCGGUACUCCCUACCAGGAAGUUGAACACCAUAUAUCUGUCAUCCGUAAUAUGUAUAGCUUCACGCCGUUAUAUGCUUUCUAUUCAAAUCAGGAAUUGUAUCAUUUGCACGCAUCCGUGGAAAGCCACGUAUUACCCUUUCACUCCAUGCUAACUUCUAAAUGAAUGUGCUCUUCAGGGUUGCUGAAGAUGAUCGGUGGAGGCCGGGACAUAUCUUCAACAGCCAACAGAUACUGUCUGACCCGUUUUCAAAAUAGGUUGGACAAUUAACUGAAAUAAAAAAAAAAUGUGUGAGUGAGUUAUUCACAGACGAUCCUGCUCCUCUUGACACACUCAUUGUUCAUUACCCGCAACAAACAAUAUAAACAGUACAUUGAAACCUAUUUAAUAAGCUUCUAU